AUGCAUGCACUCCGUACUGUACGUACAGUAGCUACAGUCAAAUCAUGCACUAUUGGCGAAAGCUUGAAACUCAAAUCUACACUGGCCAAAACGACAUCAUUGUGUGAACAAACAGUGACUUCGUACAGGGAGCCAUCUAUCUUAUGCGACAGCCAGCCACUGAAUGCCACAUCUUCCCGAGGCAUUGUGCGAAGACCUGAUACUUGCUUCGAUACCUACCCCGGUACGGAUAUCACUCGCAAUACAAUGUUUGCACUUCAAGUUUUGUCAUUCGUUGUUCACAUCAUUUUUUCACCAUCGGGGUAUCCAUUUUCUUCUGUGCGCGCCGCGAAGCCCGAGGUACAAGCUGGACCGUGA